CCUUUCCUCCAAACCCCUCGCCCUUCUAAUUCCUAGCAUCCCCUCCAACAAAACCCUCCAACUUAGGGUUUUUCUUCUCCAAAGCCUUCCUUCGAAUUCUCUUCUUGCCGCCUCGCUACGUCGGAAGAAUAAUGACUAGUGCUCGGGUAGUAGCGGCGGCCGGAGCCCUGGCCUCGUUGGCGCUGGCGGCGGAGCACGUCUACGCCGACGGCUUCUUCCACUUUCCCGGCUCAUCCUCCUCCUCCACUCCGGUGGCGCCUCCGCCGCAGGCGAUUCCCGGGACAGGCCCCCCUCUGCCCGAGGUCGCGCCGAAGGAGGAAACUAGGGUUCGGAAUGACAAUCCUCGUACCACGGCGACGGGGUUUGAUCCCGAAGCGCUGGAGAGGGGAGCAAAGGCCAUCCGGGAGAUCGAGAAGUCGUCUCAGGCGAAAAAGGUAUUUGACCUAUUAAAGCACCAAGAGGAAACAAGGAAGGCGGAGUUAGCUGCAAAGAAGGCGGAGUUUGACGCAAUGAAAGCUCAGCACGAGACGGACAGGCAGCGUGUGAUCUAUGAAGAGCAGAAAAAACUAACUCAACAUCAGGCACAAACGAAGGCACAAAUGGCUCGCUAUGAGGAUGAAUUGGCCAGAAAAAGGAUGCAGGCAGAGCAUGAAAGUCAACGAGCAAGAAAUCAAGAACUUGUGAAAAUGCAAGAGGAAUCCUCCAUCAAGUUGGAACAAAUACGACGUGCUACUGAGGAAGAUAUUCAAGCCCAGCGAAGACAGACAGAGAAGGAGAAAGCAGAGAUAGAACGUGAAACAAUCAGAGUUAAGGCUUUAGCAGAAGCAGAAGGAAGAGCACAUGAAGCCAAAUUGGCUGAAGAGGUAAAUAGGAGGAUGCUGGUUGAGCGAGCCAAUGCAGAGAGGGAGAAAUGGGUAUCAGCAAUUAACACAACAUUUGAACAUAUAGGAGGUGGUUUGCGAGCAAUACUCACUGAUCAAAACAAGUUGGUCGUAGCUGUUGGUGGUGUAACAGCACUUGCUGCAGGGAUUUACACUACAAGAGGGUAUUGGCAAAUACUAUGGCAACAAAGAUUAAAAGAACUGAUUUCCUUCUUCAGCGGGAAGCAUACCCUCAAAAGAGAAGGUGCUAGAGUGGUUUGGGGAUAUGUUGAUCGGAUUUUGGGCCAACCAUCUCUGAUCAGAGAAUCAUCCAGGGGGAAGUAUCCUUGGUCUGGUUUUUUCUCUCGUGCCAUGAGCUCAGCAUCACACAAAAUGAUUAAAGGAAACAAUCCAGGAAAAAAUGGAAAUGCUUUUGGUGAUGUUAUUCUGAACCCUUCCCUUCAAAAAAGAAUCGAGCAGCUUGCCAGUGCAACUGCUAAUACGAAAGCCCAUCAGGCCCCAUUUCGUAACAUGCUCUUCUAUGGCCCUCCUGGUACGGGAAAAACUAUGGCUGCUAGAGAAUUAUCUCGUAAAUCUGGUCUAGAUUAUGCACUGAUGACUGGUGGAGAUGUUGCACCAUUGGGCUCACAGGCUGUGACCAAGAUACAUCAAUUAUUUGAUUGGGCCAAGAAAUCUAACAGGGGUUUGCUUCUGUUCAUCGAUGAAGCAGAUGCAUUUUUGUGCGAGCGCAACAAGACAUACAUGAGUGAAGCCCAACGGAGUGCUCUUAAUGCUCUCCUUUUCCGCACAGGGGACCAAUCCAAGGACAUCGUGCUUGCCCUUGCCACCAACAGGCCUGGCGACCUUGACUCUGCUGUUGCAGACCGUAUAGAUGAGGUCCUCGAAUUCCCUCUACCUGGGGAAGAGGAACGGUUUAAAUUGCUCAAGCUUUAUCUGGACAAAUACAUCGCAAAGGCUGGGGACAGCAAACCUAGUUGGUUCAACUUGUUUCGGCGCCAGCAGCAGAAAAUAGAGAUCAAAAACAUUACUGAUGAUGUGAUCAGGGAAGCAGCAGUUAAGACUGAGGGGUUCUCUGGUAGAGAAAUUGCUAAACUGAUGGCCAGCGUCCAAGCUGCUGUUUAUGGAAGUAAAGACUGUGAACUUAACCCAGGCUUGUUCCGAGAGGUGGUCGAUUACAAAGUUGCAGAGCAUCAGCAGAGAAGAAAGCUUGCUGCUGCUGAGGAAGGUUCUUGAUUUAAUUUUGUUCUUUUCAAUUGAGUUUUUUUGGCUACACCUUGAUCACUAUAUCGGAUAGUUGUUUUAGCGUAGCAGGUGAGAAUCUGCCUCUCAUUCAUAUAUUUCUUUGUACCCCUUGGGCGAUUUUGGUGAAAUGUGAUCGUUGUAUAAUUGGUAAUUACUCGUUAGUUACCAAUAGGGCAAUUUAAACUGGUGUUACACCAUAACCUCUGGGCUACAAAUAAAUUUUCAUGUGCUAAUUUUCUUUGA